CCACAAUUCCCAGGAUGCACUUGAAAUUACCGUGGCCACUGGACGGGGGAAGGGAAGCUGAGAUUGGAGGGAGAAAUAGUCAAAAACUGAGUUUUCAGAUAUUAUGUACAUAUGACAGCCCCUCCUCAGGACUCUGACCAAACAACAACUCUAUCCAUGACCCACAUCUCACUGGACACCUUCACUUCUCACUUUGGACAUGUGCUGCAGUUUCAUGUGAGGCUGAAGACAUAACACAGCAUUAGUGCACAACUGUACUGGUACCUCUAGGUGCAUACUGGAUUUGUCUUGAGUGCCAAAGUAAUGAAGUGUCUCGGACGUGGAAAGCCCAGCCCUGAAAAGCAAUGUCAUUAUCCAGCUUCUGCGUACGUCUGAUGGGGCUGAGGAGCGGAGCCACUGGCCAAGCGGAUCUGUGGAGGAGAGAAAGGAGGCAGGUUUCCAGGAAACUUCUGCACUGAUGGAUAGCCAUUUCUUCCUGUCAGCUCUUGUGGACUGAUACCUGCAUAUUCCUGUCAGAGUGCACACUCAAGGUUAGACUUUAGAGUAGCUAAUAAGACCAGGCUGCCAUCAGAACCCCACAGUCAUCGCUAUUACACAGAAGAAGAAAAUAUGAUGUGCACAGUAUGCAUUUCCUCUGCCAGUGACAGUUUUGGGAAAUCAUACUGGUGAGUUUGGACGUUGAGUUCUCUAUGUAUAUGAGGAGAAAAGGAGAAAAGUGUAGAUAUUUGCAGUCACUACAAAUGUGCUCUAUGGAAAUCAUGGUGGUCCUUGCAUCAGCUCCUCAGCCCAUCUCAGUCCAUGACUACAGAAGCCUUUAGAGGCCACGAUCAGGAACACGCUCGCCAGCCAACACACUCAUAUGCAAUGGAAGAAGACAUUGAUGUCACAACCCUCUCUGAGGGCCUGAAUGGUUUGUCCCGUGAAUGUAAACCAUUAGAGGAUAUCACCAAUGGACACUCCAACCAUAAGCCUGUCAUGAACGGACUGAUAAUUAGUCAUAAUGUCAAAGACCACACCAACGGCAGCGCACCACUCAGAUCCCUGCCGAUUUCAGCACUGAAGCAGAAUGGUCUUCUGCAGAACCUGGCAGCUGGAGGGGACCAGCCUAAACCUGCAGAGGAAAAUGUGGAGUUGGAAAAGGCCAGGGAGGAGUGGGAGGCUCUGGAGAGCGUCCAACCAGCUCUCACUGAGGACUCAAACCCGACCCCGAUCAUCUCCUUCAACGAAGCCUUGCAGUACUUCCAGACCACAGACCUCGGGGACUUGCUGAAGAACAUCCAGCCAACCAUUCGCAGAACAGGUCUGGCCGCGAUCACACACUUCCUCUUCGGACCUCCAAGGCUGCACAGGGAGCUUCUGGAGGAGAGGGAUCUGGUCUUUGCCAUCGCACAGUGCCAUGUGGACAACAGCCAAACGGUCCACAUGCGUGUCCUUCAGACCAUUUAUAAGCGGCUGAUUGGCAGCAGGCUGGACUGUCCGCGCUAUGGGGCUCACUGGGAAAACAUCGGCUUUCAGGGUACAGACCCAGCCACUGACCUACGUGGCACUGGUUUUCUGGGACUGAUGCAUACGCUGUACUUUGUGAUGGACCCAGAGACUCUACCGUUGGCUAGAGACAUCUUCAAGUUAUCACAACACCCUACACAGAACUUUCCAUUCAGUGUGAUGUCAAUCAACAUGACCCGCAUUGCUCUGCAAGUACUCAGAGAGGAAGCCUUGUCCAAGGAGUGCAAUCGUCGUCAGCAAGUGGUUGGUGUGCUGAAUGAGUUCUACGUUGCCACAUAUUUGCACCUGUACCAACUGUGGAAGACCCAACAGAAGACCAUUGUUGACUCUGGCUUUGUACUGAAAGAAGUGGAGCUGUUUGCCAAAAAGAACCCCAAGCAGAUGCUGCGCCGACUAGAGGUCUUCCUGAAAGAGAGGCGGGCAGGCGGAAUCCCCCGUGGGACGUCGCCAGACCCUCAGGCCCAACAGCCCUCUCCUAGCCUGGGGGCCAGAGCUGGGACGGGACAGGGAAGCAAGGGAAAGGAGUUGCACUUCACGGGAGUGUGUGAUCUACCGCCAGACAUGGAGGGAGAGGCCAGACUCAUCUAAGCUAGACUCUGUGUGUGUGUGUGUGUGUGUGUGUGUGUGUGUGUGUGUGGGUGUGUGUGUGUGUGUGUGUGUGUGUGUGUGUGUGGGUGUGUGUGUGUGUGUGUAUGUGUGUGUGUGUAUGUGUGUGCGUGUGCGCGCGUAGGUACAUGCGUGUGCGUGCAUGCUAUGUGUGUGUGUGUCUGUGUUAGCAAUCCUGUUUGUGAGUACAUCUAUCUCGGUAUGUGUGAUGUGUGAGUGGCUUACUCUCAGAGAGCUAGAACCCCACCAGUCCCUGAUCUAGGACCUGCUAUCUGAACCUAUUCAAACACUUCCACUCCUUCCACUGACGCUGGGGUGCUGCACUUUCAUCAGAUUAAGCUUGGAGGUCUCUCAGAGUUAUAUUUGGUUUUUUUUUAAUUGAUUCAUUUAUUUUUUUAAACAAAGAACAGACAAAUAUAAAGAGCUGAUGCGGGCCAGAAACACAAGAUGUCACAAAAACAACAAAGUGAAUGUGUGUGCACUUUUUUUGUAGAUUUAGUAGCCAAAUUGAUUAAACUCUACCUGCCUAGAAGGUCAAAACGUACACACUUGUGUCCCUAGGAUCCCUCAGUCAGGGUAAAUUAGCAUUGCAGAGGGGGGAGCAUGGGAUGGAGCGGCUUCUUAACAGGUUUGACAUUCUCUCUUGCUCUGAGAUACGGCUCCAUCACGGGAGCACGCUGACAGCUCAUGAUACAAGCUGAGGGCGGCAUUGUCAGGCAUAUUGUUAAACGCUCUGUUAACUUUAUGGUGAUAAGAGAGAAAUGAACCAGUUUCAAGCCCUGCGACAGAGCAAACAGAAGCAGGUUUUCGCUCAGCUUGACUGAAGAGCAUCAGAUAGAAAACCUUGGUAGAUUACAGAAUUUUUUUUUUUUUUAAGUGGGGAACAGAAAUUGCCGGUACAUGUUGUUCUCAAAUAUCUCACACAGUAGACUUUGAAUGCAGCUUGCUUUGAUGGUCUGAUCACUUUGCUUUCUCUAUCAGAGCGUCAAUUAAAUAUAUGUCAUGUGAAAGAUGUACAAAAAUGGACACUUCCAGAUGUGUGGCGGUAUAGCUAGAUGUUGGUGUACUCAUGGUUGCCAGGGGGGUCUGAUAGACUAGGUGCAGAGCUCCCACUUAAUAUGGGGGAAUUUAUUUUUAAUUAAAAUGGUAACUUUUUUUAGUCCUCUCUGAAUGGUAGCUGUCAUAACUUCACAGUUAUGUAUAAAAUCCCUUCAGUAAACAGAUAGCUGAGUGGCCAUAAGAGGGAUUUUUAACACUGUUAAAUUCCACCGUCAAGAACGUCUCAAAAUCUGAAUUCUUAAGUUUUCGCGGUUAAAGCCAAGGAGACACUUCUUAACAGAGUCUGUGUGCUUGGCUUGGUCCCAGCUGAAGUGGAAGGUCUGGUAUGAGCUUUCUCUACAUUCCGUUACAAAGCAUGUGAUUGUAAUUUUUUUUGACCAGUUAAAAAUUUAUUCCAGUGUGUGUGUGCGUGUAUGUGUGUGUGAGAAAUAAAAUGAAUGAGCUGAUAUUGAUGAAGGGUGCCUCUCCUCGGAGAUGUAUGGUACAGUAUGCAAUCCCGGCUCUCACUCAAUGAUAAUCAAAACGAUAGUGCUGUGUGACGAUAGAAAUCGUUCCUAACUUCAGGGUUUGUGCGCUUGUGCAAGUGAAUGCAUUUGUGUGUGUGUGUGUGUGUGUGUGUGUGUGUGUGCUUGCGCGUGUGUGUGUGCGUGCGUGUGUGUGUGUGUCGUAUGACAGGAACUGACUACAGAUGGGGUGCUUUCCUCUGCACACAAUAAGCCAGCUUUACUAAGUACUUGAUCCAUCAAGCUGCAAUGACGGUACUUAUCAUUUUAAAAAUGGUACAUAACAUUUCCGUGGACAAGAUUUGUCCUAAAACAAAGAACACAUUCUUUGGUUAGCAUUUUUAAAAAAAAAAACAGAUGUUGGUUCUGGACACAGCUGGAGUCAGCAGCACUGUGGCCUAGGAUGGGCAAAGCUCCUCAGCAAAGCUGGUUCCUGCUUUGUGCUAAUGUGAAACCAUCUCCCAUCAUUGUAGUCUCAAUCUGUAGCAUGUUCAGGUAGCACUAGUACUGUAGCAUCCUAUAGCCUCCUCCUCUUCGUAAAGCUUGUUGAUGUCAUGUCUCAGUUACAGUCCGUAGUGUCAAUGAGUGCGCAAACUGUUACUACUAUAGCACAUUUAUUUCGUAUUUGCAUCAAGCCUCCUUCAGUAGACACACAUUUAGGUGGUGCAGCGUAUGUUUGGAGAGAUGUGGGAUAAGCUUGACAUGUUAUUGAGCUCAACCUUGUCUUCUAAGAAGGUAACAGUAAAAAUGGUGCCUACAUCCAGUGGAGCCAUGUGGGGUAGAGCGCUGGUUUGUCCUCGCUUCCUGUUUUUGUUCUUCUUUCAUUUGAGCCACCGUGCCACAGUAGACUUCCUCCAUUCAUGUAACGCAGUAAACAGAGUUGAUGUGACCCCCCUAAAACACGCAGGCCUAAUUGAUAUAUACAUUCAGCGCGCAGGCACGUACAUGUUCUGUGUCAACAUGUACUUAGAUGGUUGUACUUUGCCAUCUCCACCAUAUAACUUCAAAAAUGAGCUGAUGUAGUUUAGCCAAUUGUUUGCGAGUGUUUUUGACUGAACAGGAAAAAUUUGCACUGUUGUAGAUAUUUGAUAGUAUGCGUGACGUAUGCAAGAGGAAACAGGCCAUCUUCAAUAGCCAUAAUGUUCAUUAGCGCCCACCUCAUGAAACAGGCUUCGUGGAGUCCCCUCCUCGCUCUUUAAAAAAAAACAAAAACGAUUGCACCACGGAUAUGAUCUCACAUUUAGUUCUAUUAAAUUUUAAACUGAGGAGCAGUACAGUGUAUGUAAAUCAGGAAGUUUGUAUAUAGAGAAUUAAUGAUUGUAACUGUAUGAUUGUCUGUAGGGCAUUAUACUGAAACACAUUGCUUACCUCAAGACUUGAGACAAAUCUCUCCUUUCUCUCUCCUGAUGUUUGUUUGGCCUCUCAGUCAGACUCUACCUUUUUACGUUUCCUUACCCCUAGGCCUUCUCUCAUACCAAUUGGACAUGUUAUAUAAUGUAUAUUCAACACCUGAAGCACUACGUAAUAGCAAACUAACACGAAAGCUGGUCAAUGUCAUGUGUAUUCUAUUUAAAGACACAUUUAUAGACACUAUUAUAGGCCCACACGCGCUCUGAUACACAUCUGCAGAUGAUUAAAAAUCCUCUUAAAAACGAUCUAUAAUUGGCUGAUGUUUACCAUGUUUGAAAUAAGCUGGUUUUCUUGUGGCUUCAGUGAUAGUACAGUAUACUUUUGCUGUGUUUAAGUGUUUGAUGUCCAGAAAACACUCAGAAACAAUCCAGUCUUUACAGCUACAGUCACAAACCAACAGUUCAAUAUAUGAUUGUAAAGAUAUAGGCUUGAUUAGCAGUCAUAAUACGGUGUAUGCUUUGACCUUGGUAUAUAUAUUCAGUAUCCAAACAAGGCCUGAUUUAUCCUCUCAUAUUACCAAAAGUUAUAUUUUCAGCAGUUGUAAUAGAUCAUAUUCUUAUGCGUUGAUCAUUGUUUGGAAUCUCCUUAGUUGUGAAACCAGAACCAAGAGAAAUUACAAAAAAAAAAAAAACGGGUUCUUGCAGGAUGUCGGAUGCUCUGAGAGGUGUGUGAAGUUCUGCUUCCUACAGCAGCAGCUUGGCAAAUACAAUCACUUCUCUCAAUAUCCUGCGCUUUAUAUGAAGGUGUUUUACUGUUGCCGUCGUCGUCAUGUCCCUCAGAGCAUUUUAUGACUGUACCUUGAUUGUAGAAGCCCUAUUUUAUACUGAGAGUUAUUUCAGAAUACAGUAUGUGCUGUUGUACAUUAAAUGUAUUGUAUGGAGAAGCUAAAUAAAUGCUGUUUAAAAACUAA